AUGGGCAACGCCGGGAGUAUGGAUUCACAGCAGACCGAUUUCAGGGCGCACAACGUGCCUUUGAAGCUACCGAUGCCCGAGCCAGGUGAACUGGAGGAGCGAUUUGCCAUCGUGCUGAAUGCUAUGAACCUACCCCCUGACAAAGCCAGGUUGCUGCGGCAGUAUGACAACGAGAAAAAGUGGGAACUGAUCUGUGAUCAGGAACGAUUCCAGGUGAAGAACCCUCCCCAUACUUAUAUUCAAAAGCUCAAAGGCUAUCUGGAUCCAGCAGUAACCAGGAAGAAAUUCAGACGGCGUGUUCAAGAAUCCACGCAAGUGCUAAGAGAACUGGAAAUUUCUUUAAGAACCAACCAUAUUGGAUGGGUCAGAGAGUUUCUGAAUGAAGAAAACAAAGGUCUCGAUGUUCUGGUAGAAUAUCUAUCAUUUGCACAGUAUGCAGUAACUUUUGACUUUGAAAGUGUGGAGAGCACUGUGGAGAGCUCGGUGGACAAAUCAAAGCCCUGGAGUCGGUCCAUUGAGGACCUGCACAGAGGAAGCAACCUGCCUUCCCCCGUGGGAAACAGUGUGUCCCGCUCGGGAAGACAUUCUGCCCUGCGAUACAAUACUUUGCCAAGCAGAAGAACCCUGAAAAAUUCAAGAUUAGUGAGUAAGAAAGAUGACGUGCAUGUCUGUAUCAUGUGUUUACGUGCCAUCAUGAAUUAUCAGUAUGGUUUCAACAUGGUCAUGUCUCACCCACAUGCUGUCAACGAGAUUGCACUAAGCUUGAACAACAAGAAUCCAAGAACAAAAGCCCUUGUCUUAGAGCUGUUGGCAGCCGUUUGUCUUGUCAGAGGCGGGCAUGAAAUCAUUUUAUCAGCAUUUGACAACUUUAAGGAGGUUUGUGGAGAAAAACAACGCUUUGAGAAGUUGAUGGAACAUUUCAGGAAUGAGGACAAUAACAUAGAUUUUAUGGUGGCCUCUAUGCAGUUUAUUAAUAUUGUAGUCCACUCAGUAGAAGAUAUGAAUUUCAGAGUUCACCUCCAAUAUGAAUUUACCAAAUUAGGCCUGGAUGAAUACUUGGAUAAGCUGAAGCACACGGAGAGUGACAAACUGCAGGUACAGAUUCAGGCUUACCUGGACAAUGUGUUUGAUGUGGGAGCUCUUCUGGAGGAUGCCGAAACCAAGAAUGCAGCCUUGGAGAGGGUGGAGGAACUGGAAGAAAACAUCUCUCAUUUGUCGGAAAAACUGCAGGACACGGAGAAUGAAGCCAUGUCCAAGAUUGUGGAACUGGAAAAGCAGCUCAUGCAGAGGAACAAGGAGCUGGAUGUUGUUCGGGAAAUCUACAAAGAUGCGAAUACCCAGGUUCACACAUUAAGGAAAAUGGUCAAAGAGAAAGAAGAAGCCAUUCAAAGACAGUCUACCCUAGAAAAAAAGAUUCAUGAGCUGGAGAAACAAGGGACCAUUAAAAUUCAGAAGAAAGGGGAUGGGGACAUCUCCAUACUCCCUGUCGUGGCUUCUGGCACAUUGCCCACAGGGUCUGAAGUGGCAGUGGGUAAUUUCGUGGGACCAAUACUGGGGGCCACCUCCUCGGGACCCUUGCCUCCUCCUCCCCCACCACUACCUCUGUCAUCAGAUGCAUCUGAAGCGGUGCAAAAUGGUCCAGCAACACCACCUAUGCCACCCCCGCCUCCCCCGCCCCCGCCUCCUCCGCCCCCGCCUCCCCCUCCUCCCCCUCCCCCUCUCCCAGGUCCUGCAGCUGAGACCCUGCCUGCUCCUCCCUUGCCACCCCCACCUCCUCCCUCUGCACCCCCGCUGCCCGGAACGUCUUCACCCACAGUGGUUUUCAACUCAGGAUUAGCAGCUGUGAAAAUUAAGAAGCCAAUCAAGACGAAAUUCAGAAUGCCAGUUUUUAACUGGGUUGCCCUGAAGCCAAACCAGAUCAAUGGCACAGUCUUCAACGAAAUUGAUGAUGAACGAAUUCUGGAGGAUUUAAAUGUGGAUGAAUUUGAGGAAAUAUUUAAGACAAAAGCCCAAGGUCCUGCCAUUGAUCUUUCUUCAAGCAAACAGAAGAUAACGCAGAAAGGAUCGAAUAAAGUGACAUUACUAGAAGCAAACAGGGCUAAAAAUCUUGCCAUCACUUUAAGGAAAGCUGGAAAGACUGCUGAAGAGAUAUGUAAAGCUAUUCAUGUAUUUGACUUGAAGACCUUGCCUGUAGACUUUGUAGAAUGUUUGAUGAGGUUCUUGCCAACUGAGAAUGAGGUAAAAGUGCUUCGGCUCUAUGAGCGGGAACGGAAGCCCCUGGAAAACCUGUCGGAUGAAGACCGAUUCAUGAUGCAGUUCAGUAAAAUUGAGAGGCUCAUGCAGAAGAUGACCAUCAUGGCCUUCAUUGGGAACUUUGCUGAAAGCAUUCAAAUGCUGACUCCACAACUGCACUCAAUUAUAGCAGCAUCUGUCUCUAUAAAGUCGUCCCAAAAACUCAAGAAAAUCCUGGAGAUCAUCUUGGCCCUUGGAAACUAUAUGAAUAGCAGUAAACGAGGAGCAGUUUAUGGAUUUAAACUUCAGAGUUUAGAUCUGCUCUUAGAUACGAAGUCAACGGACCGAAAGCAAACGCUUUUGCACUAUAUAUCCAAUGUCGUAAAAGAAAAAUAUCAACAAGUGUCCCUCUUUUAUAAUGAGCUUCAUUAUGUGGAGAAAGCAGCUGCAGUGUCCCUUGAGAAUGUUUUACUGGACGUCAAGGAGCUGCAGAGAGGCAUGGACUUGACCAAGAGGGAGUACACCAUGCAUGACCACAACACACUGCUGAAGGAGUUCAUCUUCAACAACGAGGGAAAGCUGAAGAAGCUGCAGGACGAUGCCAAGAUCGCCCAGGAUGCCUUUGAUGACGUGGUGAAGUACUUUGGAGAAAACCCCAAGACAACACCCCCAUCUGUCUUCUUCCCCGUCUUUGUCCGGUUUGUGAAAGCCUAUAAGCAAGCAGAAGAGGAAAAUGAGCUAAGGAAAAAGCAGGAACAAGCGCUCAUGGAGAAACUCCUGGAGCAGGAAGCUCUGCUGGAGCAGCAGGACCCAAAGUCUCCUUCCCACAAAUCAAAGAGGCAGCAGCAAGAAUUAAUUGCCGAAUUAAGAAGGCGGCAAGUUAAAGAUAAUAGACAUGUAUACGAAGGAAAAGAUGGUGCCAUUGAAGAUAUUAUCACAGAUCUUAGAAACCAACCAUACAGACGAGCCGAUGCGGUGAGGAGAAGUGUUAGGCGGCGCUUUGAUGACCAGAACUUGCGUUCUGCUAAUGGUGCCGAAAUGAACAUGUGA